AUGUCCUUUGUCCUCGCAGCGAGCACCAACCUCCCUUCAACAAGCCUCCAGCUACUCCCCUUCUACCUCACUCCAACUCCCGCUACCGCGCCGGUCUCGGAUUACUUCGUGCCCCGGCCCACGCCGUCUGGAUAUCUCGCCGCGUUCCGGGGACGACAAGUGGUGGGACAGGAGAUCGAGGUUCCGAGAGGGUAUCGUGGAGUCGUGUUGCGCGCGGCGCCUCCACCCACGGGAGGGCUAUCCGCGUCGUCCUCUUCCUCCAUUCCAGAGGAGACGCGCUCGACGCGGACGCAGCAGAAGGGCGCAGCGCAGGUCGCCCUCUCGCGGCCUCGGCCUGUUCGCGGUCGUCGAACCCGCAAGAUUGUCCUGGAGGACGACGAGGAAAAAGAGCCGCCAGCCAAACGCCGGGCAGUGAGCGCGGCUGAAAUCAACAAAGAACAAGCCCCCGUACCGGUCAUCAAUGUCGUGCCGUCGUCUCCUCCCCAUGAAGAGGAGGACGAGAUGGCGCGCGAAGUCGAUCUCUCUGCCCCAAUCGAGUCGAUUCAGGCCGAAAUUGAAGAGGCAGAGGCACCCAUCCAGGAUGAUGGACCCCGUGAUGGAUCCCUCCGUGUGUUGACGCCCACAGCCAAGUUUGAUCGGUUUACCCUCUGGACACCGGAUGCGCCACUUGCGGGUUUCCGGGCCGACGAGAGGGAUGGGGCCGAGGGCGAGAAUCAGGAGAGGAAGAGGGAGGAAGAAGGAGGGUGGUGGCGCCGUGGAGGGGCGGGCGAGGGCGGGGAUGAGUUCGUACGCGCCCUCGGCGAGUGGCUUGGAUUGAAUGAGAUUAUUCAUGCCCCGACGUAUGAUGCCGACGACGAGUAG